UACUUUGUAAUUUUUUAUCCGUUGAAACCGCACUUUUAUUUUUCCUCCUCGCCCCGUUCUCUUUUUUCCCUGCAAACUCUUAAAUUUUCCACUGAUUCCCGCAACUUUCUCGUCAACCAAACACUCACAUUUCUCCCAUCGAAUUCCCUUCCGCUACCUGCCGGUAACCGCUCAAUGUCGGCCUCCGGCACCGAUACCUCCUCCUACAACAACACUGGCAACUCUUUGCCUCACAAGCUCACCUCAAAAACAUCAUUUCUCAAUCUAAAGCUCUAUGUUUUGAUCGCAAUUAUUUCACUAUGCAUACUUUUAGUUUUACUUCUUGUUUUCCUAUGCAUCCGCUUGAACAGGAUUUCCCGGAAACGGAGCAAAGUGCUCUCUAAGCAGAGUUCCGGUUUGAUCCCGUUAGUAUCCAAAGAAAUUGUAGAAAUAAAUGCUUUGGAUCGGAAAGGAAAUGACGAGAAAGAGGAGGUCAAAACUGGAGAUGUGAAUUUCAUAAAGAAGAAGGAGAUUGAGGCUGUUGUUGAUUUGGAGAUCGGAGAAGGGAAGCCGAAGCAGAAGAAAAGUGGAGAGAGUGAUGAAGCGUCUUGCAGCACGAGUAGUGACGUGUCGUCGAUGGAGGCACAGCAGAAUAUCGGGUGGGGCCGCUGGUAUAGCUUGAAUGAGCUGGAGAUUGCGACACGUGGAUUCUCGGAGGAGAAUGUGAUCGGUGAAGGAGGAUACGGCGUUGUGUAUAGAGGAGUAUUAAAGGAUGGGUCUGUGGUGGCUGUGAAGAAUCUGCUUAACAACAAGGGUCAGGCUGAGAAGGAGUUCAGGGUGGAAGUUGAAGCCAUUGGAAAAGUAAGGCAUAAGAACUUGGUCGGUCUAAUUGGAUAUUGCGCAGAAGGUGCUCGGAGGAUGCUUGUUUAUGAAUAUGUUGACAAUGGGAAUUUAGAGCAAUGGUUACAUGGUGAUGUAGGACCUGUUAGCCCUCUAACCUGGGAUAUCCGAAUGAAGAUUGCCAUUGGGACAGCAAAAGGGCUAGCCUAUUUGCAUGAAGGUUUAGAACCUAAAGUCGUGCACCGUGAUGUAAAAUCCAGUAAUAUACUUCUGGAUAAAAAAUGGAAUCCAAAGGUCUCUGACUUUGGAUUGGCCAAGCUUCUGGGUUCUGAGUCGAGCUAUGUCACUACCCGUGUUAUGGGAACAUUCGGAUAUGUUUCCCCUGAUUAUGCAAGUACAGGUAUGCUUAAUGAGGGGAGUGAUGUGUAUAGUUUUGGAGUUCUUCUUAUGGAGAUGAUAACAGGAAGGAGCCCAAUUGAUUACUCCAGGCCAGCUGGAGAGAUGAACUUGGUUGACUGGUUUAAAGGAAUGGUGGCCAGUCAUCGUGGAGAAGAGGUUUUAGACCCUCUAAUUGAAGUUCAGCCUUCUCCAAGAGCUUUUAAACGAACCUUGCUUGUUUGUCUUCGAUGUAUAGAUUUGGAUGCCAUUAAGCGACCAAAAAUGGGGCAAGUCGUUCAUAUGCUUGAUGCAGAUGACUUUCCUUUUCGUGCUGAACUUAGAUCAAUUAGGGAGAAAGAUCUUCCCCCUUCUCAUGCAGCUGUGUCCAACAAAGUUCCACAUCCAACCAAGCAUGCAGGGGAGAGUGAUGUAGAAAGAUCAAAGCGAAGAUGAUUGUUGUUGGUUUGAAGAAUAGUAGUUCCUGAUUUCAAAUUAUUUUGUAGUAUAAUUUUUUAUUUGGUAUACAACUAUACAGACAUGUGUACUCAAUGUGUAUAUUUUACCUUUUAACCUUUUGGAUAUUCCACAUUUUGAUGAUGCAUUAGGCAUCUUAGAGUUAAAAUGAGCCUUGUAAAUAUGGAUCAUAUUUGGAUAUGUGAAAUCUCAGCUUACUUCUCAUGAAUAUCAAAAUCUUUUAUCAGUA